AUGCCGCACCCGUCUCCUCCUCCCGCUUCUUCUUCUCCUCUCUCUUCUCGUUCUUCUUUGCCUUGCCUCAUCGUGCCGACGGCCUCGGGUUGCACGGAGUUUGCGGUGAAGGAGGGCGUUCACGUGGGGACGCGGCAGACGAGUGCGGAUUUUUUGGCGAGCGUGGAUGUCCUUCUCUUCGACUGCGACGGCGUGUUGUGGCACGGAGACAAGCUGCUUCCCGGUGUCCGCGCGCUUCUCGACGCCUUCGCGGGCGAGCCGGGGAACGAGCAAGCAGCAGACGGCGCGGAGCGCGUGCGGAAGAAGAUAUACUUCCUGACCAACAACAGCACCAAGACGCGGAAGGGGUUUCUGAAGAAGCUCGAGGCACUCGGCGUGCGCGCAGAGGAAGACCAAGUCGUCUGCAGCGCCGUCGUCGCUGCGUGGUACCUGCAGCAGCGCCGCGCCGCGCGCGCGAAGGCCACCGAACCCGCCACUGCACGAGAGCUCGUCUACGUCAUCGGCGAGGCAGGACUCGUGGAGGAGCUACAGAACCACGGAUUCAAAACCAUCGGGGGGCCUUCAGCCUCUUCUUCGUGUCGAAGUGUCUGCGCAGGCGCGCGAGGCGGAGGCCGCGGCGCUGGGGUCUCCGCUGGAAGGGGAAGAAAUCGAAAAAGUGUCUCUGCGUGUGUUUUCAGCCGGGACGUGGGCGCCGUCGUCGUCGGUCUGGAUCGCUCUUUCAACUACUACAAGUUGCAGUACGCGCAGCUCUGCAUCAACGAAAACAAAGCCUUCUUCCUCGCGACCAAUCGCGACCCCCUCGGCAAUUUCACGCCGACGCAGGUCUGGGCGGGCGCCGGCGCGAUGGUCGCAGCCGUCGAGGCGGCGACGGCGACCAAGCCCGAAGUCGCAGGCAAGCCCUCGCGAAUCCUCCGCGAGUAUCUGCUCAGACACAUUCUAGGCGACCUGCCUCUCGAUCGUGUGUGCCUCGUGGGCGACAGACUCGACACAGACAUUCGCUUCGCGGAGCGCCUGGGCGUCCGCAGCGUCUUGACGCUGACCGGCGUGACAGAUCCCGCGCUGCUUCUGAAGAACAUCGAAAUGCGGCACGCCGCGACGCAGGCUGCAAAUGGCGCAGCUGACGGCGCGGCGGGGAAAAAGAAGCGGCGACUGACGACAGCCGCGCCAGAAGAGACCGACGAGUCGGAGCCCCCCUACGUGGUGCCCGACUUCGUCAUCGCAAGCGCGGCGCAGCUCGUGCAGUGA